AGCACCCAACCAUCCAGUCCACAGCAGAAUAAAGUCGCUAACUAAUCCUUCUCCACCACCACCACCGCCGUUAACCCACAAAACUUGAAGCUUUUAAUUAGUUUGGUGUAAACGCUUAGAAAAAGAUGGUGAUCAAGGCUACAACCUUUACAACCAUUACAACCAUUACAACCAUUACAAGCAUGCCGAAAAAGAUGGUGAUCAAGGUUUCCAUGAAUUGCGAUGAGUCUCGCAAAAAGGCUCUGCAAAUCGCGGUUGGCGUUCAUGGGGUGCAAUCGGUGGCUUUAGGAGAAAAGGAUAAAAACCAGCUAGAAGUGAUCGGAAGUGGAGUAGACCCAGCGAAACUUAUAAGUUCGCUAAGGAAGAAGUCAGCAAAAUGCCCCAACUUUCUCACCUGUGUAUUACCAAACUGUAAGAUGGUGCACGCAGAGCUAGUAAGC